AUGGCAAAUUUUUCCAUCGAUGUGACAAGUCUGUAUCACUCGCUUUCACCGUUUAACAUCACGUUAUUUAUCCUGUAUGCGAUAAUGGUGGUCAUUGGUUUAAUUGGCAAUAGUUUCGUGGUAAUAAUCGCUUGGAAAACGAUCUCGAUGCACACAGCAACCAACUUCUUGCUGUCGAAUGUAGCUGUGGCAGAUUUUAUCUCUUUGGUUUGGUGCAUAAUUCCCUUAGCUACCUGCCUCUUUGCCGAGCAUCCAAGCGGACAAGUGGGGACGUACCUUUGUAAGUUUUUCACAGGAUAUGCAAUGACGAGUGUUUCCGUUACAGUUAAACUUUCUAGUCUGCUCAUCGUUGGAAUCGAGCGGUAUCGUGCAGUCAUCAAGCCUUUACAGAAUGACUACCACCUAGAACAUAUUGGCUAUAUGAUAGGCUCUCUUUGGAUAUUUGCUGUAAUUUUUGCCCUGCCUGGUUUUAUUUACAGUGAAUACGAUGAUCAACUUAAAAGAUGCGUUGAUAUAGGGUCAAUCGAGAGGACGGCAUCUGUGAAAUGGCUCGUCACAAGUAUGACAGUCGCGACGGCCGUUUGUUCAACUUUUUUAUUCUUAUCCUAUUUCCAAAUACUUAAAGGCAUUUAUAUCACCAAAACAGUUUGUGUUGAAUCAGCAGCAACGAGACACGCGGAUAUGAAGGCAAAAAGAAAACUCGCUAUAAUUUCUUUGACAGUCACAGUAGCCUACAUUAUCUGCAACGUACCAUUUUUGGUUUUUGAGAUGUACACAGCUUAUACCGAAAGGGAGAAAAUUAUAAAUAACUAUGUGACUAUAUACAGAGUUUAUCGCAUUCUGGGACUUCUUAUGUACUUCAACUCAUGUUUAAAUCCGUUUCUUUAUGCCUUUCAGAGCUCUAAUUAUAGAAAGAACUUUAAAAGGAUCUUUCUUCGCAGAAUAACUGAACUGCACGAUAAUAGUAUAAAUUUAGAGGUUUUUACUGGAGGUUGA